CAGUGGCGGUGGCAGCAGUGGCGGUGGCGGCGGUGGCCGGCAGCAGGGAGGCAGGCCCAGCUGGGGACCCAGAGCCGGCGGCUGCGCCUCGCAGGGGACCAGGAGUCCGUGGCCAGGCCCUCCCACUGAGGCCCUGCACCGGGCGCCCCCGGGACACCCCACCCUCCUCUGCCUUCCUCUUCCACCUGCUCCUCUCCAUCCUUCCCUCCCUCCUCCUCUCCCUCCUCCCCAUCUCUCCACCUCGCCGCCUGCCCCCUUCUCGGCUCUCCGGGUCUCCCAACACCCCGUCCUCCCCAGCCCCUCCACCCCUCGGCUUCUCUCCGCCCCUAGCAUGCUUUUCCCGUGGGGGCUGAGGGCUUGAGGACUCCAGGCCCUUGCCUCAUCCAGGGCAGGGCCAAGGCUCCAGGGGGGAGGGGGGAAGGGGUGCCCCCCUCCCCCCAAUCAAGCCCUCCCCUCCCCCACUCCUCCUGAUGGCCGGCUUCCUAGUCUCCAGCCAGUCCUCGCCCCCGGUGGCCCCCCCAGGCCGGCCCGGCUAGGGGAGGGGGCGGGGGCCCUUUCCUGGGCCGGCUUCCCCCUCCCCCGGCUUUGCCUGUGCCCCCCUCCCUUCCGUUUUCACCUUCCUCUCCUCCUUUCCUCCCUCCUUCCCCUCCAUUUGCUCCUUCUCCCUCUCCUCUCUCCCCUUCUCUCCUCCAUUUUCUCCUUUCCCCUUCCUCCCUUCCCUGGCCCGCCCUCUCCUCUUCCACCUGUCCUUCCUUCCCGCUCCGGGGAGCCCCCGUUUUGGAUUAGUUGGGGGCCACUGCCGGAGGCGGGGGAGGGGGCCCCGUGGACUGCCCUCUCCCCCCCCUCCCCCCCGCCCCCGGCCACACCACCACCCAGCGCCAGAGCAUCUCCCCGUUGUCUUUCUCGGGCCUCGAGGGAGCCCAGCCCUCCGUCCCACCAGGAUCCGUGGCGAGUGGGGGCCGCGGCAGCUGCGUCCCCAUGAGGAGGGGAGGAAGAUGCCGGCUGAGCUGCUGCUGCUGCUGAUUGUUGCCUUCGCCAGCCCCAGCUGCCAGGUGCUCUCAUCACUGCGCAUGGCUGCAAUCCUGGACGACCAGACAGUGUGUGGCCGCGGCGAACGUCUGGCCCUGGCUCUGGCCCGGGAGCAGAUCAACGGGAUCAUCGAAGUCCCAGCCAAGGCCCGGGUGGAAGUAGACAUCUUUGAGCUUCAGCGGGACAGCCAGUACGAGACCACGGACACCAUGUGUCAGAUCCUGCCCAAGGGGGUCGUGUCCGUCCUGGGGCCCUCGUCCAGCCCUGCGUCUGCCUCCACCGUGAGCCAUAUCUGUGGAGAGAAGGAGAUCCCCCACAUCAAGGUGGGUCCCGAGGAGACACCCCGCCUGCAGUACCUGCGCUUCGCGUCUGUCAGCCUGUACCCCAGUAACGAGGACGUCAGCCUGGCCGUCUCCCGAAUCCUCAAGUCCUUCAACUACCCCUCGGCCAGCCUCAUCUGCGCCAAGGCCGAGUGCCUCUUGCGGUUGGAGGAGCUAGUGCGUGGCUUCCUCAUCUCCAAGGAGACGCUGUCAGUGAGGAUGCUGGAUGACAGCCGGGACCCCACGCCGCUGCUCAAGGAGAUCCGCGAUGACAAGGUGUCCACCAUCAUCAUUGAUGCCAAUGCGUCCAUCUCCCACCUCAUCCUCCGUAAAGCUUCAGAGCUGGGAAUGACCUCAGCGUUUUACAAAUACAUCCUCACCACCAUGGACUUCCCCAUCCUGCACCUGGACGGGAUCGUGGAGGACACCUCCAACAUCCUGGGCUUCUCCAUGUUUAACACCUCACAUCCCUUCUACCCUGAGUUUGUGCGCAGCCUCAACAUGUCCUGGAGGGAGAACUGUGAAGCCAGCACCUAUCCAGGUCCCGCGCUGUCGGCGGCCCUGAUGUUUGACGCUGUGCACGUGGUGGUGAGUGCCGUCCGGGAGCUGAACCGCAGCCAAGAGAUCGGUGUGAAGCCGCUGGCCUGUACGUCGGCCAAUAUUUGGCCCCAUGGGACCAGCCUCAUGAACUACCUGCGCAUGGUAGAGUAUGACGGGCUGACCGGGCGGGUCGAGUUCAACAGCAAAGGGCAGAGGACCAACUACACCCUGCGCAUCCUGGAGAAGUCCCGGCAAGGCCACCGUGAGAUCGGGGUAUGGUACUCUAACCGGACCCUGGCCAUGAACGCCACCACCCUGGACAUCAACCUGUCGCAGACACUGGCCAACAAGACACUGGUGGUCACGACCAUUCUGGAGAACCCGUAUGUCAUGCGGCGGCCAAACUUCCAGGCCCUGUCCGGGAAUGAGCGCUUCGAGGGCUUCUGCGUGGACAUGCUGCGGGAGCUGGCUGAGCUGCUGCGCUUCCGCUAUCGCCUACGGCUGGUGGAAGACGGGCUGUACGGGGCGCCCGAGCCCAACGGCUCCUGGACGGGCAUGGUCGGCGAGCUCAUCAACCGGCAGAAGGCAGACCUGGCUGUGGCCGCAUUCACCAUCACAGCCGAGCGGGAGAAGGUCAUCGACUUCUCCAAACCCUUCAUGACCCUGGGGAUCAGCAUCCUCUACCGAGUGCACAUGGGCCGCAAGCCUGGCUACUUCUCCUUCCUGGACCCCUUCUCCCCUGCCGUGUGGCUCUUCAUGCUUCUCGCCUACCUGGCCGUCAGCUGCGUCCUGUUCCUGGCCGCCAGGCUGAGCCCCUACGAGUGGUAUAACCCACACCCGUGCCUGCGGGCACGCCCCCACAUCCUGGAGAACCAGUACACGUUGGGCAACAGCCUCUGGUUCCCUGUAGGGGGCUUCAUGCAACAAGGCUCGGAGAUCAUGCCCCGGGCGCUGUCCACACGCUGCGUCAGCGGAGUCUGGUGGGCCUUCACCUUGAUCAUCAUCUCUUCCUACACGGCCAACCUGGCUGCCUUCCUCACCGUGCAGCGCAUGGAGGUGCCCGUGGAGUCAGCUGAUGACCUGGCAGACCAGACCAACAUUGAGUAUGGCACCAUCCAUGCUGGCUCCACCAUGACCUUCUUUCAGAACUCACGGUACCAGACGUACCAGCGUAUGUGGAACUACAUGCAGUCGAAGCAGCCCAGUGUGUUUGUCAAGAGCACGGAAGAAGGCAUCGCGCGUGUUCUCAACUCCCGCUACGCCUUCCUGCUCGAGUCCACCAUGAACGAGUACCACCGGCGUCUCAACUGCAACCUCACCCAGAUCGGGGGCCUCCUCGACACCAAGGGCUACGGCAUCGGCAUGCCACUGGGCUCCCCGUUCCGGGAUGAGAUCACCCUGGCCAUCCUGCAGCUUCAGGAGAACAACCGGCUGGAGAUCCUGAAGCGCAAGUGGUGGGAGGGGGGCCGGUGCCCCAAGGAGGAGGAUCAUCGAGCUAAAGGUCUGGGCAUGGAGAACAUUGGUGGCAUUUUUGUCGUGCUCAUCUGUGGCCUCAUCAUUGCCGUCUUCGUGGCGGUCAUGGAAUUCAUAUGGUCCACACGGAGGUCGGCAGAGUCCGAAGAGGUGUCGGUGUGCCAGGAGAUGCUGCAGGAGCUGCGGCACGCGGUGUCCUGCCGCAAGACGUCGCGUUCCCGCCGGCGCCGGCGCCCAGGCGGCGCGAGCCGGGCCCUGCUGUCGCUGCGCGCGGUCCGCGAGAUGCGCCUCAGCAACGGCAAGCUCUACUCGGCCGGCGCGGGCGGGGAUGCGGGCGGCGCGCACGGGGGCCCCCAGCGCCUCCUGGACGACCCGGGGCCGCCUGGCGGGGCCCGGCCCCCCGCCCCCACGCCCUGCACCCACGUGCGCGUCUGCCAGGAGUGUCGGCGCAUCCAGGCGCUGCGGGCGUCCGGGGCCGGCGCGCCCCCGCGUGGCCUAGGCGCCCCCGCCGAAGCCACCAGCCCGCCCCGGCCGCGGCCAGGCCCCGCAGGCCCCCGCGAGCUGGCCGAACACGAGUGACCACGGGCGGAGCCGGGCUGGCGGCGGGACUGACCGCAGGGACGGAGCCCGGGCCGCCCCCGCUUCCCCAGCGGGCGAGGGUCGGGACUUGUGCCCCGGUGCUCCGGACGCCGCGAUUUUGCCUUCGGCUCACGGUGUCGUCCGAGGCCCGGCUCCGGAGCCUUCCUGCGCCCCCUAGUGGACUUGCCAGAGGGUGCCGCGGACCCCGCACUGCGCCCCCGCCCCCAACCCCCCCCCCCCCCCCCCCCCCCACUGCGGACAGGAGGAGCGCAGGAAUCGAGGACUCCGGGGGCCGGGGACUGCGGGGCCGUUCCGGAAGCGGAAAGCAGUCCGCGAGGAGAGCCCCAUCCUGGGACUGCUCAGGCUCCCCAAGACUUGACACAGCCCUCCCCACUUCUGGAGAACGGGAGGGCCUCUGGGCAUAUGGGUGUCCCCUGGCGCCCCUCAACUCUUCUCUUUCUCUCUUUUUUUUGGGGAGAAACCUCGGAAUUUCUAUGAGACACCCCCCAGGGAGGAGGUCAGUUGGGCCCCCGUCCCUCCCCCUGCCACGCCCCAGUCCCUGUUGGAAUAAAAAAAGAACAAAACCCCAAAAACUGGGGAUACCUGGGUC